CACAAGUGGGGAAUCCCGGAAUGCUCUCACUAGAAAGUGAUUUUAUUUUUCUGCUGAGUAUCUGGGAAUUCUAAACAUUGAAAAAGAUUUGUCACAAAAGAUAACUUGAAUCAUGACGAGGUGAUAGAACUGUUGGUGAAGUUGCCCUGGUGAUGUUUCAUGUGAAGGUGUUUUGAAGGGACGAGAUAGAAGUAUGGGAAUUCCAGGCCUCACCACCUUUAUUGACAAUAAUCUUCAGUUGUUGGAAAAGUUUGAGCUUCAUGAUUGCAAACUGAUCAUUGAUGGAAAUAACCUUUACCAUCUCCUGUUCUAUGACCACAGAAUUGACUAUAUGCAUGGAGGAGACUACGAUAAAUUUGCAAGUCAUAUUCGAAGAUUUUUUCUCAUGCUGAAAGAAUGCAAAAUCCAGCCUUAUGUAAUCUUUGAUGGAGGAUACGACAUUGAUGAGAAAAAACUGAAAACAGCUUUAGAGAGGUCACGGCAGCGAUGUCAUCUUGCAGGGUUUAUUUCACAUGGAGGAAAAGGCAAGGUGAUGCCAAUCUUGGCCUAUGAGACAUUUCGUCGUACGCUUCUUGACCUUGGAGUUCCACAUUGUGUUUGUGACUUUGAAGCAGAUGAUCAAAUUGCUGUCCUUGCUAAUGAAUUCAAUGCUCCUGUUUUGAGCUAUGACAGCGAUUUUUAUGUGUUUGAUCUAAAAGCAGGAUACAUUCCUUUUGAUGGCGUGAAUUUUGUCGCAGCAGAAUCAGAGAACAAACAAUAUAAGUAUUUGCCUUGUUGUAUCUACUUUUCACAAAACCUUGUGAAACAUUUUCCUGACCUUGGGAAAUCUGUUUUGCCAUUCAUCGCAACAAUGUUAGGAAACGAUUUUGUGGAGCAUUGGGUGUUUGAAGAUUUCUAUCAAAGAAUGACAUCACCAAAGAAAGGUAACUCUAAUUUUGAUAUCCCAGUUGCUCAUACAAAGAUGAGAUCAUUAUUUCACUGGCUGGAAAGGGUGGAAACUAUUGAAAAUGCCAUAGAAAAAGUUUUGUCUUGUUUUCAAGAUGAAAGGCGUUUGAAAGUUGAACACAUAAUGAGAAUAUCUCUCAAAGCAUAUUCAAUCACUAAACAAUAUUCUAGAGUGAACUUGAGGUUGUUGCUGGAAGGAUCGUCAAAGGAGAUUGAAGAGCAAUGUCAAAGGUGUCCGUCUAACCUACCAGUUUGGUUUCGAUGUUCAUUCUGGAAAGGAGAGAUAGCACAAUUCUGCCAAAAUGUUGUGAUGUUACAGCGUGUGAUUCUCAAUUGUCAAGUUGAAGACAUGAAAGCUCCUUCUGCUACUAUUUGUUGUCUAAACAUUCGAAAAGUGAUUUACAGAAUAUUGACCUCUAGAGAUGAGCAAGGUCAAGAAACUACAUCUGAUGCAGCUGCUCUGGAUUCAGCGAUACCAGAUUGUGUUACAGAGUAUGCAAGAAAUAUGAAAAACAUUCGAAAAUUUAAGGUGGAACCAGCAUUGGAAUUACCCAUGUUUGGUGCAAUACCAAGCCUGGCAGAUGUACCUGCAAUGGGGAUGGAUGAAAGAAGGUCAUUAUUUCUUGCUGCACUUGAUCUUUCUGGUUCAAGAAUUUUUGAAUUUCCACAAGAGCUGCAAUUAACAAUGGCUGUGCUGAUUUAUUGGAUCAGAGAGUCUGAUCCUAGCGUGAUUGUAAAUCAGGUCAGAGCUAUGGUCACAUGUAUCAUUACCAUGGAAACAUUGAGGAUCCAAGGGCAGACAACUCUCACAGAUCCUGGAUCAGAGGCAAGUGAAUUAGAAAAACUUAUCAACAGAUCUUCACCAGGGCAAGUUGAAAAAUUUCUUCAAAAUUUACGGAAAUAUUUUAACAAAGUGGAACACUCAAAGAAGCAUCCAGUCGAUGUGAGGAUUAUUCAUGGUUUCUCACAGUUUCAGACCUGCUUUCUGUACUCAAUGAUUCUGAACCAAGUUCUCCAGAAGCCUUUCCAAAGUCCAAACCCUGCUUCCAUAUUCAAUGGAUCGUUUUUGUACAAUUUCACCAAAAAUCUUGAGAGUAGACCAAAUAUCAACCUGUAUAUCCCAGAAAUGUUUGUGAAACAUUCCCCCCUGUUGGAUUUAUAUAAUCGUCUGUACCAGGCAGUAACAGAUGAAGUUAGGGAGUCACAUUUCCGCUGUUCUUCUGCAAAGCCAGUGAAAAGACGGAAAAAAGAUCGAAAGAAGACAGUACAUAAGAUGGAUGACACAACAGAUGACCUUGUCAUGGAUGACGAUAGUGAAAUGAUGGAAGUGGAGCUUGCCUGUGAUGUAUCUAAUCGUUUCAAUGCAAUCCGUCUUCUAGAGAGUUAAUAUGCGCUUUGGUAGUGUUCAGUUAAAUAUGUACUUGUUUAUAUUACUGUGUCUGAGGCAAAAACAAACACAAAAAAGAAUAUUGACAGAACAUUGUAAACAUAUUUUUUAUGAUAAUCUUAUUUUUGCAUGCUGAAAGGCUAAAACUGCACAUUUGCAUUAUGCCUUGAUGAUGAUGUGUUGUCAAUUGAUGAUAAUGAUGUUGCAUUAUCUACUGACGAGAGUGAUAUAUAAUGAAAUGAUGAUGAUGAUGUAUCAGUUGAUGAUAGUGAUAUGGAUUGAUUGAUUGAUUGAUUGAUUUGACGGUGAUGAUGAUGAAGUUAUUGUAGGAUUUAAUAUCUAAUGGAAAAGAACCUUUUUUAUCGAAAAUUUAAGAUAUUCUAACCAGACAACUUAGAAUUUUGCAAGACAUUUCAGAGGGUUUGACACAGUUUGAUACACACUUGUUUGCCCUUCAAUAUCCAUUGAAACCAGCUUUUGUGGAAUGAAGAAAUUCUUUUUUUCGGUAAUUAAAUUAAACAGAUCUAAAAUUCAAAAUAAAAAAGGGAAGGAAAAACAAAGUUUUCAUGAAAAUACUUACCUUUGUGUUAGUAGCAAACCUUCAAGGAGUUCUUUGUUUUUAGUCUGUCACCAUAUUUGUUGAAUUGACUCAUGGUGUCUUUUUCAUCUUGUUUGUAUGCAUCUUUCUCCUGAACCAUGUGUUAAUCUUUUGUGUAUAAAUUCAAUCAGGAAAUUUAUAUUUUAAAUAUUAAUUCAGUUUUCAGCUUUUUAAGCAAUCGCUUUUUUUUCCAGCAUCGUCUGUUGUGCAUUGUGCAUCGUAAACAGUUUAAAUUUUUGACUUCUCCUCAAUAACAAAAUAACUUCAGGUUUUAAUAUUGAGCCAGUAGCAUGCUAAGAUAAGGAUACCAAGUCUGUUAAAACAAUUGACUUUUACAUAUUUUCAAGGUCAGAGGGGCCAAAUGUAUUAAGAAUCUUUCAACAACAUCUUUUCAAUAACCAAAUGGUCCUGGGUCAUGAUAUUGGACCAUCAUGUUUGUUCAAAUGAGUGACCUUGACCUUCAUUCAACAUCACAGUGGUCAAAUAUGCUAAACUACAAUAACAGAUAGUGUUAUCUUUUCAUUUAAUUGAAAAGUUAGCCUUUAGACUUGGAAACAAUAAAUACUUUUGAAGUAUGCAUAUAUCAUUUCUGUUCUGUCUGAUAGGACUAAUGGGCAGGUUCUAAGACCGUGUGAUGACCUGAAGACCUCAAGUGACAGUUAAGGUCCAUGGGACUUUUGUUAUAAUUAGUCUGUACUUAAAUGUUAGAAGAGAGGAAACAAGAUUUUAUCAAUAAAAAAUUAUCUCUAGAAAGUAGGUAAUAGAAUUUUAUAUGAUCUUUGCUAUAAUUGAUAACAAUAAUAAUAUCUUGUCAUGUUAAUGGAUUGUUAUAUCAAGCAUUAGAAAUAACUCACAGCUUAUUUAUCUACAGUUCUGCAUUGAGGUGGGGAAUGUUGGAGUUUUAGUCGAAACCAUUCCUAUAGCCUUUUAAAGAUAAAAUUGAAAAGAACACCACUUAUUUACAGAAAAUGCAAAAGGCCCUAAGAUUAGCAUACUCGAUGGAGUAGUCUGACUAUCAGCCCCUAUGUUUUGGAACCGUCAGUGGUGACACAUAGUAAUUAUCAGUUUUGAUAUCUGUAGUAACUAUCAGUGAUGUCAUUAUUGGGUAGUAACUAUCAGUUGUGACACUAUUGUGUAGUAACCAUCAGUGGUGACACUAUUGUGUAGU